GAUGCCGAAGAGCCGUCCAAGCCCCAAGCCUUGCGGUGCGACCGCAGGCCCUGCGGUGCUUGCACUUUGGCAUCCGCCGCCGCAAGGUGCCCUUUGAGGGUCUCACCAUGGUCCACUUCGAUGCGCAUCCGGAUCUGUCGGCCUCCACCACCCUGCCGGCGGAGCUGAUCUUGGAAGACCCCCACCAGGUGUACUACGCCUUGCGAAACGACGUGGCGGGCAUUGCGCAGUGGAUUCUGCCUGCAGCCUAUGCUGGACACUUGAGCUGUGUUUGGUGGCUACGCCCUGCCUGGGCGCAGCAGAUCGCCGAUGGCGACUACCGUGUUCAGGUGGGACGCGCCCUGGCGCCGGUGAAGGCCGUGCGCCGAGCCGCGCAAGGCCCAGAGGCAAAGCGUUUGCCAACGGAGAAGGUGCCCGAGAAGACACUGGAAGAGCCGGCGCAGGUGGGCGAGGUGGACAUGGUGGAAUCCAUCAAGAUCAGCUGCGCCGAGCCCUACUUCGUGGAGGACGACAUCUACCGCCCGCCCGCGGAGCUCCGGGCACCGCGGCCACUGCGGCUGGCGGUGUCGCAGCUGGACGGGACGCCGCCCGUGCAGCUGGGCAGUGAGGAGCCGUGGAUUCUGGAUGUCUGCUUGGACUUCUUCGCGUGCGGCAAUCCCUUCCUCACCCAGGUCCGUGCGGAGAUCGCACGACCCUUCAGCGAGGUGCUGAACGCCGCGAGCUUCCGGUCAGGCUCUGUGCUGGACGUCGCGGCGUUCCUCCGCGCGCGCGACGCCUUCGACGCGGCCUAUGACCAGCUGCUGACCGAGGAGGUGGAAAAGCCGGAGCAGCGCUGGGGAGUGGAGGUGGAAAAACUAUGGUUGUUGGUGGAGACUUUCACUUGACAAGGCCAGAAUCCCUGGGUGGAAGGAGCCAGGGACAGCCGAUUGGAAUGCUCAAAGGUGUUAGAAUCCCUGAUCUGUUCCACACCCCUGGUGCCAUGGCUCAAGCUGCUGUGCUUUUGUGGAGGGACAUCAUGGAGGCUUGGAAAGCCC